UGUAGCGAUGUGUUCGAUAUCCAGAAAGACUUUAUUCAAUUUCUUUCGAUCAUUCCCACUUAUCAAUGGAUGACGGAUCAGGACCUAGGGAAACUCAACAUGAUUGAGACGGAUGGAGAUGGUAACUAUAUCAUACUUGAUGAUGCGGUGAUGCCCCCUUUGAGGAAGCUCUAUCUCGAAAGUCAGCCAAUUGCGUCCCAUGAACGGCUUGUUGGUACCGGGACAACUUGCUACCGGGCUAGAGCUCCUAAUUCGAAUCGAUGGGAUUAUGUUUUGAAGUUCAAAUGGCGUUGGGCCAGCGACCGUCCGGAGGAUGAACUUCUAAAGCUAGUCAAGGAUAAAUGCGUCUGGGGUGCUAUCUCUCUUGAUUACUACAAAGAGGUUGAAAGUACGGCACACCUACGUCGAAGUCUUCGUUGGGGGACACACAGAAAGUUCUCCAAUAUGAAGAGAAGUGGAAGCACAGAAGAGCAUCAAGAGGAAGUUACUCGUAAUAGCGGUGGACUUGUCGAACAUACCGAAGAAACCGACGACUUCUUUAAAAAUCACAUCCUUGCUUGUAUUAUUACCUCUCCCGUCGGCAGACCCUUACGCACUUUUCGGUCUCUAUUAGAGUUGCUCCAAGUUUUCCGUGAUGCCAUCAAAUGUCACCGAUCACUCUAUUUUGACGCCGAGAUCCUUCAUCAAGAUAUAUCACCGGGGAACAUAAUCAUUCUAGAUAGCCAAGACGAAGGGAAGCCCAAGGGGAUCCUGAUCGACCUCGAUUCCGCAAUAGAGCUUGACAAAACAGAGCCAUGGAUUAUCGGCACCAGACCAUUCAUGGCCAUUGGCGUUUUGAAGAGUGAACACCAUACUUAUCGACAUGACCUAGAGUCUUUCCUAUAUGUUUUCUUAUGGACGAUCAUAACGAACCAUAAAGGGAGUCCCCCAGAGAAUAGCAAGCUUCGACAAUGGAGCAAGGGCAGCUGGGACGAACUGGCAGCAAGAAAAUUCCUUGAUAUGGAUCAGGAUAGCUUUCAGUAUAUAUUGGAAGAAUUUAUGCCCGAAUUUAAUCCCCUGAAACCUCUAGCUGAAUCUCUACGCGAUAUUCUAUUUCCCCUACGAGAUGGGGUAAUCUGGACAGGGACUGAAAGCUCUCCUGAAGCCGUAGGCAAACUCUACGAUGAAAUGAUCCACACCCUCGAGGCGGCCAUUGAGUCUGAGAGCGAAAAAUAGAUACGAUAGGCAUAUAAAAAUAAUCACGAGUGUCAUUAAUAAUGAGAUAUAAGGCAUGG